AUGUCUUCAACGGAAACACUUGAGAUUGUAAAGCACCAAACCAGCAUCUGGGCAGUAACGACUCGUAUUGCAGUCGUUGACGCAGUUGUCUCAACACCUGUCGCUCUUCCAUCAUCUACAGAACACUUUCGAGGAGCUUCAAAUGCAAUCGAACGGGACAAUGAUGUCAAAGAUUACAUACGGGGCGUGAGGGGAUCCAGCAAGAGUAUAAAGGUAGAUGACGAUGGAAAGAUCUCGCCGGAUACCAUAGAUGACCUGUUCUUGAACGUGUACCCCUUGCGGAAGGAGUAA